CAAAGCACAGAUAUCUGCUCCUGUGACGAGUAUUUUAUUUUUUAAGUAGAGGCCCACGCCAAUGUUAUUCGUCUGGCACUUUCUCGGUUACAGUGCCAGACAUGUAUAUAAAGGCCUUAUUGCGAUGUAGGGACAUGCUGAAAGGAGAAUGAUCGUGUAAAAUGCUAGGUAGCACCAUCGAUGCUAGCUGACGACCUCGGUGCGACAAACGACAGUUGCUAACACAAGCUAGCCGGCUAAACCUUUUAAAACAGCCUUUGGUAAUUUGCCACACCUGCCACCGAAGCCUUGAGAAGGACUUGUAACAUCUAUUUCCACCCCUAGAGAAGUUGUGUUGGUGGUCUCUGAAGGGCAGAGCCAUGGGGGCUUUUCUGGACAAGCCCAAGACAGAGAAGUACAACUCUCAUGGUGAGGGCAAUGGUCUACGCUAUGGCCUGAGCUCCAUGCAAGGCUGGAGGGUGGAGAUGGAGGACGCCCACACAGCUGUAGUGGGUCUCCCUGCCCCUGGCCUGGCUGACUGGUCAUUUUUUGCUGUUUAUGAUGGUCAUGCCGGCUCAAGGGUGGCCAACUACUGCUCCAAACACCUUCUGGAGCACAUCAUCAGUGCUAGCCUUGGAACCACUGGGACACAAGGCUUGCAGGGCUCCCAUUCUGGCUCAGACAGCUCCACAGUUGACCAUCCGGCCUCAGCCCCGCCCUCUGUGGAGGCAGUGAAAACUGGAAUCCGUACAGGUUUCUUGCGGAUCGAUGAGCACAUGCGCAGCUUCUCAGACCUGCGAAAUGGAAUGGACCGUAGUGGUUCGACAGCGGUAGGCGUCCUCUUGUCACCUGACCACCUUUUCUUCAUCAACUGCGGGGACUCGCGAGCCGUCCUCUACCGCAACUCUCAUGUUUGCUUCUCCACGCUUGAUCACAAGCCCUGCAAUCCACGGGAGAAGGAGCGCAUCCAGAAUGCUGGUGGUUCGGUGAUGAUCCAGAGGGUCAAUGGAUCCUUGGCAGUGUCAAGAGCCCUGGGGGACUACGACUACAAGUGUGUGGAUGGGAAGGGCCCCACGGAGCAGCUAGUCAGCCCUGAACCAGAGGUGUUUGAGAUAGUCCGGGCCCCUGAACAGGACCAGUUUUUGAUCCUAGCAUGUGAUGGUAUCUGGGACGUCAUGUCUAAUGAGGAGCUGUGCGAGUUUGUCAAGUCCAGGCUGGAAGUUUCUGAUGAUCUGGAGAGGGUCUGCAAUGAGGUGGUGGACACCUGCCUGCACAAGGGGAGUCGGGAUAAUAUGAGUGUUGUGGUAGUGUGUUUGCCCAGCGCUCCCAAAGUAUCAGAGGAAGCUGUGAGGAAAGAUGCUGAGCUCAACAAGUACCUGGAGUCUCGAGUAGAAGAAAUGCUGUCCCGGUCAGGGGAGGAAGGGGCUCCAGACCUGGUGACAGUGAUGAGGAACCUGUCAGCUGACACCAUCCCCAAUCUGCCACCAGGGGGAGGCCUUGCCAGCAAACGCAGUGUUAUUGAAGCAGUAUACAAUCGGCUGAACCCACACAGGGAGGAGGAUGGGAAUGGAACGGAGUUGGAGGACCCCUGGUAGCUGUCCAGAGCGUCGGCUUGAUCCAAAAACCAAGGACAACUUUUCACACAAAAUCACAUCUGUACUCAACUUUUUAUGCUUUUUUUCUACAAUACUAAGAGAUCAAGUGCAACAGAAAUGCUGCCAUUUUUUUUUAAUCCUCACCAAAACAUCUAACCCAGAGGGCCGUCGCAACGGUUUUUGUUUUCUUUUUAUAAAACAGAACAGGGGAAGAAACAACAGUGAUGGUUGUAUUAAAACUGAGUUGCUGUAGAAGAGAAACAAAAGCUCGAAUUUGUUUUUUUGCCCCUUGAUUUCAUGCUUUUAUUGUGGUGAUUUUUUUUUUGUUGUUUUUUUGGUCUGAUUGGAAACACAUGAGCACCCCUACUUGGACGCUGUGGGGCGCAGUGACUUCAUGAUGCUCUAUGGUGCCUUGCUCAGAAUUGAGAAAGAAGGGAGGUCCUUGCAGCUAGACAGCCGGACAGCCAGCCAUUCUGUACACAAACCAGCUGGCCGGGGAUGUCUGAAAGACACUGAAUAGAUGGAAGUGGCUUGCCGGCUGCAUUUUUGGCAUUAUUUGUUUGAAGUGUAAGUACUUUACAUGCACCUGACUGGCAGCCAGGCAGCUACUUGGUCUUGAGAGCCGAGUCACCCGCCACCACCACCGACAGUGGCUUCUGACCAGUGGCUGGUGCCCACAUCCAUCAGCCUCAUCUGCACAGACACCUGACUGAGUAGACCAACCUUCACAGGACUAAAGUUAUUCCUGUUCCUAAUGUCCAGGAUUCAUGACUCCUGGUUGGAAACCACGUACUACAG